CAAAGCCCUACUCCGCAUGCGUAAUCCUCCAAUCUGGCGCUCUCUGGUCCAGAUCUCUACCUGGACUAGCGUUUUAAAAUCAUCAAACAAACAUGUGUAUGUAUAUGGCUGCUGAUAGCAAUGUUUUACUGCAAAAUUGGAGUGGAAAUAGAAUAUUUUUCUUUGUUGAGCGGCGUCGAUUUAAACCAAAACAGAUAUGCAUCGUCAUGGGAAAUCCUGGGUACGAGGAGGUCAAAGGUAACUUGAGGUCAUCCAUUCCUGGGCGGAACAGGGGCAAGGAGAGGGCAACGUUCACGCCUUUCUGACGAGUGUGUCUUCACAAACGUCUUCAAAAACGUCUUCACAAACUUAAGGGAACGGGAACGCCUUUCCAGGUGUGUCUGAGUUGAACAGGUGCAGUUGAACAGGUGUGUGCAGGAGCCAUGGCAGACCUGGGGCUGGUGAAGACGUUGGCAGGUGCUCUAGGAACCAACGAGGCCUCCCUCACCUUAAUCCUAGGUCUUCUCGCAGGUUACCCCCUGGCCUUCUUCCAGCGCCAGUUCCUGUUCGGGAAGUCAGCCACUCUUCACCACAUCUACUUCACUCUGACAGGGCUGGGCAUCCUGUACGCUAACUUUGGAACUGACAUCAUCCACCAUGUCAUCUGCGUCUUCACAAACUACAUGCUGAUGAGAAUCAUUGGUCCAAAACUUCUGUCUGUACAGCUGGCCUUCGUCUUCAACAUGGCUUACCUGCUAGCCGGGUACCACUUCUGUGCCUCCAACACUUACGAUGUCAUGUGGACCACACCACACUGCGUCAUGACUCUACGCCUCAUCGGGCUGGUGACUGACCACUUUGAUGGCGGGAAGGAUCCGGCCCAGCAGUCAGCUGAUCAGAAGAAGUUGGGACUGACCAGGCUGCCCAGUCUGUUGGAGGUGGCUGGGCACUCCUUCCACUUUGGGGGGGUGCUGGUGGGACCACAGAUGUACUCCCUAGCCUCAUUCCCAUACUCAUCCUUCCCUCCUGCACACCUGAGUCUAACUCUGAUAUUUUUCCAGUUCCCUAUGCGGAUGUACCUGGACAUGAUCGAGGGGAAACUGACCGACAACACGGAGGGAAAACGACCGGCCUGUGUUGUUCCUGCGCUGAAGCGGAUGGCUAUUGGGCUGGGCUACACUGUGGCGUUUGCUGUCCUGAACGGGUACUAUUACGACGAUUACAUGACGGAGCCGUCAUUCUUCGAGUUGCCAUGGCUACAGAAGUACAUAUUUGUGCUGAUCUGGGGAAAGGUGAUGCUGUACAAGUAUGUGGGAUGCUGGCUGCUCGCGGAGGGGAGUUGCAUCCUGAGCAGUCUGACGUACAACGGCAGGGACGAACACGGAAACCCCCUGUGGGACUCCUGUAAGAACAUCAAGCUGAGCAAGUUCGAGAUGGUGAUGAGCUUCCAGGACGUCAUCGACUCCUUCAACAUCAACACCAACAAGUGGGCUGCACACUAUGUGUACAAGCGCCUGAAGUUCCUGAAUAACCGGAUGCUGUCCCAGCUGUUCACCCUGGUGUUCCUGGCGCUGUGGCAUGGAUUCCACUCCGGGUACUACGCCUGCUUCUUCCUGGAGCUGGUGUAUGUCAACGCUGAAAAACAGGCCCAUGACCUGAUGAAGGUCAGCCCGCUGGUGUCGUCCGUGGUGAGGCACCCGGUCGUCAGGCCCUUCCUACUGGUCGCCCUCAAGCUGGUGCUGCUGGCACACCUGGGGUACCCACUAACACCAUUCGCUCUGCUCAAGUCGGCCAAGUGGUGGCAGGUCCACCGAUCGCUGUACUUCACCGGACACUGGCCCUUCCUCGUCUUCUUAGCAGCUGCUCCCUUCCUUAAGAAACUUCUCAAGCCCAGGGCCUCCAAGCCAUCAAAGGAUACCAAAUCUGAGUGAUGUCUUCAGAUGACAUCGUCGCUGUCAUGUUGCAUGCAGUGUGAAAUUCUGGUGCAAAAAUAUCAAAUUGCAGUUUUUGGUUGUGUAACUAAUAUAUGGAAAGCUUCCAGUUGAUUAUUCUUUGUAUACGUUACAGUUGUGCUUAUGAAAUGAGAAGUGAGUCAUUUUGGACGACGUUACUUAAGCUUGAGGGUCAAUGAUAUCCUGUAUAACAAGUAUUUUAACUACAUUUUGUAUAGCAGGUCCCAGUCAUUUUAGAAGUUGCAGUAACCCCAAAACAUUAGUACACCAUAUAUAUGGGAUAUCUGCAGUCAUUUGAAGACUUUUGUUUUGCUUGUCUUCCCAGAUGGCCCUAGUUCCUGACUUAUAAAUUCAAGAAUUCUCCAUACUUGCCAACUUCACUCUACCUUUAAAUCACUCUACAUUUGUAGUAAGGAAAAGGGUACUGAAUUUCUUAUAUGGAAGUAUUUGCAGCAAUGUUGCUGAAGAAUUGAGAUUAUGAAUCAAAUUGCCUUAGAUGUCCUUUCCACUACCAUCAAACAUUUCCUGUGGUGAAACUAG